AUGCUUUCACGCUCGUUUCUUGCCAUAUUCGCCCUCGCGGCAGAGGCUGCUGCGACUGCCAUUCCGCGUGCAGAUGCCAGCUGCACCAACCCGGCCGUCCGCAAGGAGUGGCGCGAACUUGACGACGCCGAAAAGGCUGAGUACAUUCGUGCCGCAGUGUGUCUGCGCGGGCUGCCCAAAGAGAAAUACGCUGACAUGGGGGCCGUCACCACGCGCAUGGACGACUUGGUCUUCACCCACUUUACUCUCAACUCAGACAUCCACUUCGUGGCCAACUUCCUCCCGUGGCACCGUUGGUUCGUGCAGCUGCACGAGGACCUGCUGCGCACCGAAUGUGGUUUCACCGGUACCCAGCCGUACUGGGACUGGAGCAUUGACGCGGACGCCAAGAACACGCCCAACUCUCCUAUCUUUGACCCCGUCACCGGCUUCGGUGGCGACGGCAAGCACACCGGGAGCAACGAGCCUGGCUUCCAGCGUUGUGUGGUUGAUGGGCCCUUCGCUAACACAAACCUGACCCUGGCUAAGGGCUGGCCUAACAUGAACGACGCCGGCAACCGCCUGCACUGUUUCACGCGCGAGUUUAACGGCGGUUUGGGCAAUGAUGGGAACGGCGAGCCCAUUAUUGGCGACAUGCAGGCAAGCGCGUACAACUCCAAGGUCAUGAAGGCCGUCAACUCCUUCGACACCUAUGCCGAUAUGUCCGACAUGCUCGAGGGAUUGCCACACGCGCAGAUCCAUAGCAUCAUCUUUGGCGAUAUGGGCCCGGCCACGUCGCCCAACGAGCCUCUCUUUUUCUUGCACCACGCCAACGUUGAUCGUGCCUGGGCCAGGUGGCAAGGCCGCAACGCUACCCGCCUGGCUGAUUAUACCGGAUUCCAAAACACCGGCAAGACUAUCCCGGCCUCGAUCACCGACACCAUGCCUAUCCUAGAGCUUGGUGAUACCAAGCCAAUUGUUAAGGACUACAUGGACAUUCAAUCCGGCCCUCUCUGCUACACCUACUCGUCUAUGGAAAUGCCGCUGUGA